UUCUUCUCCCCCGACCCUGUGCACUCGACGAGCCCACCCCGUCACCGCCACCCAUUUCCGGCCGGAAAUCCGGCAAACUUGGGGGUUUUCUCCUUCUUUUCUUGUUCUUGAACCUAGAAAUAUCCCCCUCCCUUCUGCAGAUUUUCAGAUCUGCUCUGCUCUGCUCUGUCCUUCUGCGAGCAGCUUUUGCCAGUGGAGUGCUUCCCAGUUUUCUGGUAAGGGAAUGACUAAGAAUCAUCCCUUUAGCCUUAAUUCAAGUUGGGUUACUCUAAUUGUGUUGUGGGUUCUUGAAUUUUGAGGUUUGCCGUGAGUUCCUCCAUUCCUCUCCCCGUCGGCUUCCUUCCCAGCCGGAUCCGGUGCUGCUCGCCGAAGUUUCCUGGUAUGAUGGACAGCCUUUUUAUGUCUAAUUAUCAAUUAACAUGCCUAUUUGGGAAUUGACGGAACUGUUUUGAUGAACUGAGAGUUUGCAAAUUCUGAGUUUUUUGUUAAAUCCAUGGUCACAUGGAAAUUUUCUGGUUUGUUUCUGAGAUUUGAGAUUGAUUGUGAAUUAUGGAUUUUUGGAAAUCCUGCAUGGUUUUGUCUCGGAUAUAGUCAUGAUUACUGACGCCCGCUAGUGGGAGCUAUAAACGCUAGCACAUGUCGACAUGUAUUUCUGUAGAACCGGUUCGUCCUGCCAAUGGGAUAAAACAUUGGCACCAUUACUGACGCCUGCCAGUGGGAGUGUGUUAAACACUUGCACCAUUACUGACGCCUGCCAGUGGGAGUGUGUUAAACACUGGCCAUGACUUAUAGAUGAGACUACUGAACUGAGUUUUAUUCUGCAUGAACGGUUUGUCAUGAAUGCUUUGCAAUUGAACUGAAUCUGAUUUUGUCACUGAGCGUUUUGGUUAUAUUAAACUGUUUAUCUGGCAUGCUUAAAAGUUUUACCCCAGGGCUAUCCAUAUUUACUUACUGAGUUAUCUCAUAGUUUUCCUUGUCCACCAUUUCAGGAAUCGAAACCGAGGACGGGGGAAACCAAGGGGAGUGACGAGUUAGAAGGCUAGCCACCUGUAAUUUGAUAUAGAUUAUGAUCCUGUAAGUUAGAGUGUAUUUGGAGAUUUUAUGAUAUCAGAGCAGAUUGUAAAAAUUUUAUCUUGAGAUUUGGUGGUAUCAGAUGUGAUUUGGAUAAGUUCCGAGCCUUGUGCAUUUGUGGGACCCUCUCACGAGUGCACGGCGUCUGUCGCGCCUCGAAUUCGAGUUUUGGGGCGUGACAUAUACAGUGGUUUUGGUAAAGCUUCAUCGGUUCUAAUGGUGGACUGAAAACUGCUUAUUUCUAAGAAUUCCUUCAGCCAUAGAAAUACCAUUUUUUAAGGGAAUAAUUGAGUGCAGCUAGA